UGUUGGACCUUGGUCGGGUCCAUCGCCUCGCAUCUGCACGUUGCGCAGCACGAAGAAAUGUGGCAGCGGUUGCGAUCGAGGGGUUCUCUCUGCCUGUUUCCCCCCACCCGCCCCCCGCUGACCGUCGUUCGCUCGCCCCUUAUUUCGCAACCCCCCUACAUCAUCCUCCACCCGGACCCCUAGAAUCUCUCGCGCCACGUGUGAGCGUGGUCUAGGAGCUUCGGCUAAUUAUGCAUGGCCGUCGAUAUUGAGGAACUGAUCAUCGCUCCCUUCCGGGAGGUCGUUGACCGCGGCAAGGAAGCCGUCGCCAAUGCCGAGGCCGCCCGCGGGGAAUCCGGCGAUGGCGAUGGCAAUGGCAAUGACACGGCGCAGCGGAUGGCCAAGGCGGGGAAGGCCGUGGUGCGGGAGGGCGAGCGGGCAUUGAAGCGUCUACAGCCUCUAUGGAACGACCAAGUCGAGAAGUACGGCGACACCUUCAAGGCGGCAAUGAGCAAGAAUGACGAGAUCGAGGACAAGCGGCGCAAGCUCGAGGACCUCCUGUACGAUUUUGAGGACUACGUCGAAAUCGACACCUUCGACGAGGGCCGCUUCACUGAGCUCCAGGGUGCCGCCAAGUCACUUGCGCUCCACGUCCUCGACAUCAUCAAGCGGUUGAAGCUAGACGGCGUCCCCGUCAGCCCGCCUCCCAAAGUGACGGCAUUUCCUCCCUUGCCUCCGCUGCCCCCCGGUGCCUUGCUGCAAGGAGCCGUAAAGCCGCCUUCUCGGACAUCAACCACCAGGUCUCAACAGUCGGCGCCGAGAGCCACCGCUCGCAGCAAUCAUGACGUCCCGCCGUCGCCGGUUGAGCCGUCGUCCCGCAUUUCGCGAGCGCCCAGCGCCGUGUCAAACGGCGGCAACUCAGAUUCUCGGAGGAGGAGGCUCACACCGCAGGGCCUUUACAGAAGGGACACUACCGUCAGCCACGCAUCGUCUCAUUACAGCGUCGAGACGUUGCCGCCAUAUCCAAGCGAAGAAUUCAAUACGGCUGCUCCGGGGUUCGAGAUCCCGCCCCCGGUCAGGCCUUCUCAUUCCGUCCACGAGGGCUCGGCCGAGAGUCCCCAGGACACCGGGCCCCAGCCGCCUGCUCCGGGAGACCGCAUCCAAGCAGCAGCACCCCGACCGGGUCAACGGCGCUCGUCCACGCCAGAUGUCCUGGCCUCUCGCGGCAGCGCCACGCGUCUCGCGCAUGACCCCACCACCCCCACGAGCCCAGACGGCAGCGGCGUUGACACUCCCAGCUUCCCGCUUACGCGGACGACAGCAUGGGUGAGCGACCAGGCGGCCGCCACGGCGUCGCCGCGUUUGACGACCCGGCCGCUGCCCAUCCGCGAGGCCGUCAUUCCCGAGGGCCAGGUCGUGACCACCAGGAGCAGCUUCACAAACAACGAAGCGCUCGCCCCCGGCCGACCCUUGAGUCCCUUUCAGACGCCUGACGGAGGCGGCCGGACUUCAUCACUAUCAUCGGCGCCGCCGCCACCACCUCUCAGUCUGCCCUCGGCGGCUGCCGAGAUUGACCAGGGCCUCAUGGCCAGCGAGGACUGGAAGACGGUCAUAUCGGAGCCCAACUCAAGCUCCCGCGCUUUGCACUCCGUGUCGUCGCGCGAGCCCGACUGCAGCAUCGGGCCCAAGAGCUCGCUAUACCAGAUGAAGGGCUUCUGCGAAGGGGCACAGGCGUUCAAGCAAGGGGGUCAUCUGCAGGGUGUCAAGAAGGUGCAAGGAUACGUCGCGGGUGUGACAACACAAACCGGGAAAUGUAUCAGCUGUGGAUACGCUCACCAGUACAACGAGCUGUCCCUGGACGUCAACUGGGACCCCAAGGCAAACUUCUCCAGUUCCAAGGUCCGCUUCCGCAUUCGCUUCCUGUACAAGUCCCACCUGGUGACCGAGCGGCUGCCCGAGGCCUACUACGGCUGCCUGUUCUGCGCGCAGACGGGCUCGGUCGUGCGCGAGGGCGACGCCACCGUGUUCCCAGACUCGGACGCGCUAUUCCGCCACCUCGCGCGGCACCCGCAGCCGCUACCCGAGGUGCCCGGUGUCACGGUGCUCUACGGCAAGGAGUUCGCCCCGGACGACCAGCGGCUCAACGACUUCGACGUGCACUUCCUCGAGCCGCCGGACGCCGACCUCGGCAUCCCCACCCACCUCGCCGCCGAAAUCGCCCGCCUGCCCGUCGCCACGGCCACCAAGAUGCACGUGCAGCGGUACGGCGAGAAGAAGCUGCCUCGCCCGGACGGCGUCUCAGAGAAGGGCCUCCUGCAGUUCUUCAUCGGCGCCCGCAUCGUCGGCGUCGAGUUUCCCGUCAGGUGGGGCGGCAAGUGGGCGAGGGGCUGGCACGACGGCCAGUGGGGCGCAUUCCCGGCCAAGUGCAUCGAGUUGGAGAAGCCGCGGCGCAACGAGACGCCGCCGCUGAUGACCCAGGCAGCCGGCGCCACGACGGUCAGCGUGGUGACGCGGUGGAAGUGGGAUCCGCGCGACGCGGCCGACAAGGGGUGGCUGGCGUUCGACAAGGGCGAGACCAUCACCAACGUGGGGUGGAUCGACAGGGAGCACUGGUGCUGGAGCGGCACCAAUCGCAAGGGGCAGUUGGGCCUGUUCCCGCGCAGCCACGUCCAGUUCGACAAGGUGAAAGAGGAUGCCCCGGCGCCCAUCGGCACGCCGCUCGUGCGCCCGAGCACUGCGGGCGGGCCGGGCAAGGCGAAGCGGGGAUUCUUUGGUCGGAACAAGAAUGCGUCGGUAGCGCCCAGCUCGGCGUCGUCUAUCAGCGGCGGCUCGAGCGUGUUGGAGAUUCAUAUCUGACUGCGUACUUGUAUAGGAAGAAACGGGUUGGGCGUUCUGUCUAUGAGCCUGUUUUAUACCCUCCGGCUGUAGGGGGCUGUACUAGACUCGAGGAUCCGCUCGCUGUGCUUUUACACUGGUAUUUAUUUGGUGGCAUUCAUUGGUGGGAUACAUGGGUUCUGGUUCAGGAUGCCUGGUGCAAUAAACGGAACGAGAAUCCUAUUGUUAGUGUUUAUCUUGAUGUGAACAACUCGUUCUUGUCUGACUGCUACAGGCCCUCAUCCGUAACAUCGC